AUGCUGGAAGGAAAUAGGAAAGGUUACGAUCUGAAAGUAAUUUUAAAUGAUCAAAUCCGGAAAGCCAUUUACGGGGAAUCUACCACUGUCUGUCGAGUGUAUGUCAUUGAUCUUACAGUUAACGAAAACAACACAGUACUCGAGUUCCUUGAAAUAUCCCAGCUUUGGUUGUGGCCUGAAGCCAAAGUGGUGAUUGCAGGAAUCCGGCAGAAAGUAGGAGACAUUCUUUUUCACUCUGUCUUCCGAAAUACCUACAGCAUAUUUUAUCUAGGCCUCAGUUCUGACUACCCGAGUGUUUCUGUGGAAGAGAAAAGAACCAAGACUUUGACUUCCAGAAAUCAGUUAGAUUCUGUGCUGCAUAUUUGGGUGUUUGGCCGUUGUUUAUUCUGCAACAACGGUAAACCAAAAGUCCAGUUUCUGUCUUCAUGGUCCCAAGGAUCUGAGAUGCCACAGUUGCAGAUCCAGUCUCCUCGUCAAAUAAAGAGCUUAGAAGGACACUUGGUGCGCAUGGUAUCCAUCGUUUACUUUCCAUAUGUUGAUUAUGAAAUGGGAAAAGACAGACAAGGAUCUCCAGUGACUCUUCGGGACAGCCUCGAUAAAAGGAUAUUUGAGGUUAUCGCAUCUUGCUUAAAUUUCACGUAUGAAGUUAGAGCCCCAAGUGAUUUGCAGUGGGGAGCUUUAACAGAAUCUGGGAACUGGACAGGAAUGUUAGGAUCAAUCCAGAAGAAUAAAGCAGACAUGACCACUGUAAUUGCCCUAAAUCCAACAAGACUGGCUGUCAUUGAUGUGACAAGAGUUUAUCAAGCAGACAAGAUGACAAUAGUUUCCUUAAAACCCCAGUUAUUGCCGCAGUAUCUUGUCAUCAUACGACCCUUCACAG